CGGCUCGGUAGGCACUUCCGGAAGUGAUGCGCUGGGUUCCGGGAGAGGGCUGGCGGGAGAGGGGAAAGGCAGCGAUUGACGAUUGGCAGCUGGAGGAUGAAGAAGGAGCAUGUUAGUCACUGUCAGUUCUCCGCGUGGUACCCGCUCUUCCGAAGCCUUACCAUCAAGAGUGUCAUUCUCCCGCUUCCGCAGAAUGUGAAAGACUAUCUACUUGAUGAUGGGACUCUCGUGGUCUCAGGAAGGGAAGAUCCACCAACAUGCUCCCAGUCAGACAGUGGUAAUGAAGAGGAGGAAACACAGUGGUCCGAUGAUGAGAGCACAGCCACACUUACGGCACCAGAGUUUCCUGAGUUCAACAGUCAAGUCCAAGAAGCUAUCAAUUCCCUGGGGGGCAGUGUCUUCCCGAAGCUUAACUGGAGUGCCCCAAGGGAUGCAUACUGGAUAGCAAUGAACAGUUCUCUGAAGUGUAAAACUCUCAGUGACAUCUUCCUGCUUUUCAAGAGUUCCGACUUCAUCACCCGUGACUUCACACAGCCAUUUAUUCAUUGUAAUGAUGAUUCUCCAGAUCCUUGUAUAGAGUAUGAGCUUGUUCUCCGGAAAUGGUGUGAAUUAAUCCCUGGGGCUGAAUUCCGAUGUUUUGUCAAAGAAAACAAGCUUAUUGGUAUUUCUCAGAGGGACUACACGCAAUACUAUGAUCAUAUUUCUAAGCAAAAAGAAGAAAUUUGCAGAUGCAUUCAAGAUUUUUUCAAGGAUCACCUACAGUAUAAAUUCCUAGAUGAAGACUUUGUGUUCGAUAUUUACCGAGACAGUAGGGGGAAGGUGUGGCUGAUUGACUUCAACCCGUUUGGGGAGGUCACAGACUCGCUGUUGUUUACUUGGGAAGAGCUAACAUCCUCAAACAACCUACGUGGUGACGUCAGUGAAGGGAACGCCCAGGAGCAGGAUUCUCCAGCUUUCCGUUGCACAAACAGUGAAGUCACAGUGCAGCCCAGCCCCUACCUGAGCUACGGGCUGCCAAGGACUUCGUAGACCUUUCCACCGGGGAAGAUGCUCACAAGCUCAUAGAUUUUCUUAAGCUGAAAAGAAAUCAACAAGGAGGACGACUGAGUGCUGCUUGAAGAACAAGUCAAGAGGGAAACAGCUACGCCAGAGGCCUCACAUAGAACACAACUCCCCAGUGACCCAAACUAGGUGCAGACAAGUGGGCAGGAAGCAGAAUCACUGGCUUUGAUCUUCAUGUAUAUUUACCUGGAGAGAGAUGGAGGACCUUUGGUAGUUGUAAAAAAACAACAA